GUCAAUAUAUUUUUUUCUGUGAUUUAUUUUUUUCGUCAACCGUUCCAUCGCAUCUUAAACGUCUUAUCGGUUCGGCACUAGGACCGGGGGAGGCUGCUGCUGCACAAGUGACUGUUGGACUUUCUUCAGCAAAGAUGGCGGACAGAAAUACUAGGAGAGAGGGGUACACAGACCUGAAAUGGAUCAAAGAUGGCGGACAGAAAUACUAUUUUACUCAACUGCGUUACCCACUCCAGUCAGCAGAUGGCGGUCUUAGACUUUAAGGUAAUGCUGAUGGUGUGACGUAUAAAACAGCACGCUUCUUUCAUCAGCAGCAACAGUUAGUCAGACACCUCCGUAGCUUGAUUGACAAAUUAGCCGAACCAAUAUAGCUCUUUAGACGCUUUCGUGUAUAUUAGCCACAGUGUUUUAAAACCACUUCUAUCGUCUAGUUAGUUAUCCGAUUUAAUUUCAUAUUUCAGUGUUGUUAUUAUUCGGCUGCGGGGUGGUUAAGUUAGCAUUAGCCUAGCUAGCUAACAUCUCCGAACAUGCGGUCACUAAGCUACUCUCCUUCUAAAGAGGAGGAAGAUAUCACAGUAAAUCAAGAAAUAGAGAGUGAGGCCGUUACUGUGAAAGAAGAGGAAGACGCGUUCAGCUUGAAAGAGGAGGAGGAUGUUACAGUAAAAGGAGAGGAGGAUGCAGUUUAUGGCGUGAAAGAGGAGAUGACUGUUACAUCGAAAAAGGAGGAGGGAGAAGAGGAGGAACCUGGAUAUCUGGGCCCGGUUUCCCAAACGCAUCUUAAGGCAUCCAAUGGUUCUAACGAAGAAUUUAGCCAUAAGAUGGUUUUGAGAAACCGUUCCUUGAUUAACACUAGAGAGAUAUGGGACUAUCGUGGAUCCUCUGGGAAACCUCAACAACCUCAUGAUGCUGAAGAGGCAGAGAAGAGUCUCUCCAGAUCAGAACUCCUCAAGAAACACCAGCAGAGACCCACAGGGAAGAUAAUUCACCGCUCUGACUAUGGGAAGAGAUCCACCUCAUCAGCAGGCAUUAAAAUUCAUCAGAGAAUCCACACAGUAGAGAAACCUUAUUGCUGUACUCAAUGUGGGAAGCGUGUUGAUACAUCUAGCCAUCUUAUUGUACACCAAAGAACACACACAGGAGAGAAACCUUAUAGCUGUGAUCAAUGUGGGAAGAGUUUUAUUCAGCUAAGCAACCUGAUAUCACACCAGAGAAUACACACUGGAGAGAAACCUUAUAGCUGUAAUCAAUGUGGGAAGAGUUUUACUCAGCUAAGAAGCCUAAUAUCACACCAGAGAACACACACAGGCGAGAAACCAUAUAGCUGUGAUGAAUGUGGGAGGAGUUUUGCUCAUUCAACCAGCCUGAUAUCACACCAGAGAACACACACAGGAGAGAAACCUUUUAUCUGUGAUCAAUGUGGGAAGAGUUUUACUCAGCUAAGAAGCCUAAUAUCACACCAGAGAACACACACAGGAGAGAAAUCAUUUAAACCAUAUAGCUGUGAUGAAUGUGGGAAGAGUUUCACUCAGCCAUAUGGCCUGAUAUCACACCAGAGAACACACACAGGAGAGAAAUCCUAUAGCUGUACUCAAUGUGGGAAGUUUUUUUUUACGUCUAGCCUUCUGAAGACACACCAGAGAAGACACACAGGAGAGAAAUCUUAUAGCUGUACUGUAUGUGGGAAGAAUUUUGUUCAAUCUGGGGAACUGAAGAUUCAUCUGAGAAAACACAGGAGAGAAACCUUAUAGCUGUGAUCAAUGUGGGAAGAGUUUUGUUCAAUCUAGCCCUCUGAAGAUACACCAGAGAACACACACAGGAGAGAAACGUCAUAGCUGUGAUCAAUGUGACCAGAGAAUCUCUGAAAAAAGAUCUCUGAUCAAACAUCAGAAAAUACAUACAUGAAGGAGUUGUUUCAUGAUAUCAAUGAAAUAAUGUCACAAUGUAGAAUGUUUUAACAUGGUAGUAGGAUUAUUCU